GCACGUACGGCUCCCAAGAUGGCGACGGCCAAUGAAGGCGGCGGUGUGACUGGAGUAAAGAGGGUGCACCUGGGCAUCCCCGAGGCUGUGUUCGUGGAAGAUGUGGAGUCCUUUAUGAAGAAACCUGGCAAUGAGACGGCUGAUGUAGUGCUCAAGAGGCUGGAUGAGCAGUACCAGAAGUAUAAGUUUAUGGAGCUAAAUCUCUCCCAGAAAAAGAGAAGGCUAAAAAGCCAGAUUCCAGAAAUUAAACAGACGUUGGAAAUUUUAAUGUAUAUGCAGAAGAAAAAGAGCACUACCAACCCAAUGGAAACAAGGUUUUUGCUGGCAGAUAAUCUGUAUUGUAAAGCAUCUGUGCCACCAACAGACAAAGUCUGCUUAUGGCUUGGGGCCAAUGUCAUGCUCGAGUAUGACAUUGAUGAAGCCCAGGCUUUACUAGAGAAGAAUUUGUCUACAGCCACAAGAAAUCUUGAAUCGACAGAAGAGGACCUUGACUUCCUGCGGGACCAGUUCACCACCACUGAAGUCAAUAUGGCUCGGGUCUAUAACUGGGAUGUAAAAAGAAGAAACAAGGAUGACGUCUCCAAAAGCAAAGCCUAGCUGUGCCUCUUUUAAAUCUUUCCAGACACAGAUUGUUUUAGAUGAGCCCCCAGUCGUCAUUUGGGCAGUCGGGAGGGACAUUCAGUUGUGGACCUGUCCCCGCCCGACCCGUCACUCUCCCUUCAAGCAGGCACUUUCUCUUUAUUUAUUCAUCUAGCCCCAUGCAUGCCCCGGUACAUGGAGAUGAAACAAUAGAAGGGUAAGAAUUUCGGCUGCUCAUGUCCACUUAGUAAAAUAGGUUUCAUUAAUAAAAUGGAGGUGAUCUGCAGCAAGGUAUCCGCACGUGUUGUGUACUGUAUACUAGGAGACUAAUAAAUCCACUAAGUGCCGUCUGCUUUA